AUGGCUGAUGAGGAGUCGUCCCCAAGCUCCUGCCUGUCGUCAGAGAACGAGCAUGGCCUACAGUGGUCCAACAGCCCGGAGGCCACAUCCAUGGUUCUUGCUGCCUGUCCUCGCUGCUUCAUCUAUGUCAUGCUCCCACAAGAUGACCCUCGGUGCCCCCAGUGCAAGAGCCCUGUGCUCCUUGACUUCCUGCAGGACAACAAUAACAACAGUGAAAAUACCCUAUUUGCGCACCAUUCCCAUUUGCAAAAGCGCAACCGUGGAAACUGGCUCACCUAUUUGCGCACCUCGAUUUCAGAAUCCCCUCCGCCGAGGAUAAGGAGAAGCUUCGGCCUCCGGACGGCGACGCGCCGACGAAGCCGAGCACUGCCUGCCGCUCUUCGCGUCGCCUUCCGAAAGCGACGGUCACAACCGGGCAACCGCUGGCUGGACAUGGGCUCGUUUGGCGUUAGACCAAGCAAUGUGAGUCUGGCCCAACUUGGCCAGAGAUCCGGAGGUGGCAGAUUAAGAUGCACAGUCAAGCUAGUCUGGAAAGCAGCAAAAAUUGAAAAGGAAUCGCAUAAUUGUAAAGAAACGAAACGAUUGUGGAAUCUGGAGGAGGAUAAGCUAUGUUAG